UACAUAUAAAACGGGGGCUGCACAUCACUGUUGUUGUGUUUGUCUUUAAUGUGUUUUCUAAUAAUGUGUACAGGACCAGGGCCCGGGCGAUAUGUCCUACCACCAAUGAUUGGAUUUGUAGGCCAUGAUUUUACAAAGUUGACGAGUCCUGCUUACUCUUUUCACGGCAGAACGAGUGACAAUAUGUACAGCAUAGACAUCAAUCCAGGGCCGAAAUAUCAUAUUGAUGCAAAGCUUACUCGUUUUGGAAGGGAUGGCACCCCAGCCUAUUCCAUACAUGGAAGAAUGAAAAAUCGAGCAGGAUUUUUCUGCACUCCAGGACCAGGAGCAUACAGCCCCGAGAGGGCAGUUCUUGGCAGCACCCAUCGCAAACCACCAUCCUACACCAUGGGCUACCGCACUCAGUAUCGCUCUGUCGACGCCGUACCCGCCCCAAACAAAUACAGCCUUCCUUCACUCAUGGGCUCCCACGUCCUGACCAAGACAUCCAGUGCCAGUUACACCAUCUCUGGAAGAUGCAAAACUGGGGGUCAUGCUGAGGACUUAUCAAAAACUCCAGGUCCUGGCAGAUAUAACAGCACAGAUCCCAGCAUCUAUCAACCAAAACAACCAGCUUUCUCUAUGCUGGGUAGACACGCGAGCACAAGAGAGUCCACAUUAGUACCAGGUCCAGGAAGUCAUAACCCUGAGAAAGUGACAGUGCACAAACCUAGACCCCCUGCGUUCUCUUUAGGCAUCAGACAUUCAGAGUUUGUAACCCCUUUAGUUUUAGAUUAGUACUAGUUUGAGGUUUGUACCUGUGAGUACAGAAAUGACUUUUAGGAAAACAAUAAAGUAAUUCAUCAUAGAGAGGCAAUAAUACAAACAUUAUAAUAUAUAUAUAUUAUAUGAUUAUGUGUGUUAUAAAUACACAAACAUUAAAAAUUGGUUUGGAAGAAAUUAUUUUAAAAAUAAUGGCUGAUGUAAUAAUGGCUGAAAUAGCUUUUAUUUUAAUACCUAGAAAUAAUCAAUUUUUUAGCCAUUGAAAUGUUUUAGAGCUGUGCAUACCUAGAAAAAAAACCUUUAAUAUAGACAUAUCCAUUUCUGAUUUAACUUAAAAAUAUAUAUUUUUUUAACAUCUCUGACA